AUGUCAGAUGAAGUAAGCAGCACCUUACUGAUCAUAGCAGUUGGAGAGUUUUCAGUCGGGAUUUUAGGAAAUGCAUUUAUUGGAUUGGUCAACUGCAAGGACUGGAUCAAGAAUAAGAAGAUUGCUUCCAUUGAUUUAAUCCUCACGAGCCUGGCCGUAUCCAGAAUUUGUCUAUUGUGUAUAAUCCUGUUAGACUGCUUCACGCUGGUGCUGUAUCCAGAUGUCUACGCCACUGGUAAACAAAUGAGAAUCGUUGACUUCUUCUGGACACUAACCAACCAUUUGAACGUCUGGUUUGCCACCUGCCUCAGCAUUUUCUAUUUCCUCAAGAUAGCUCAUUUCUUCCAUCCUCUCUUCCUCUGGAUGAAGUGGAGAAUUGACAGGAUGAUUCCUGGGAUCCUGCUGGUGUGCUUGGCCCUCGCCCUGUUUAUGAGCCUUCCCACCGCUGAGAAUUUGAACGACGAUUUCAGGCUUUGUGUCAAGGCAAAGUGGAAAACAAACUUAACUUUGAGAUGCAGGGUAAAUAAAGUUCAGUACGCUUCCAAAAAGGUAUAUUUCAACCUGCUCACGCUGUUCCCCUUUUCUGUGUCCCUGAUCUCAUUUCUCCUGUUGAUCUUCUCCCUGUGGAGACACGUCAGGCAGAUGCAGCUCAAUGCCACAGGGCUCAGAGACCCCAGCACGGAUGCCCACAUGGGAGCCAUGAAAGCUGUCAUCUCCUUCCUCCUGUUCUUUGUUGCCUACUAUCUGGCCUUUCUCGUAGCCACCUCCAGUUACUUCAUACCAGAGACUGAAUUAGCUGUGCUGAUUGGUGAGUUGAUAGCUCUAAUCUAUCCCUCAAGCCAUUCUUUUAUAUUAAUUCUGGGGAACAAUAAAUUAAGACAAGCAUCUCUAAGGGUGCUAUGUAAAGUAACACAUACACUAAAAAGAGGACAUUUCUAA